AUGUGUCCCAUCUGCAAACGAUUCCCUGAAGCAACAAUACAUGCAUUGUGGGAGUGUGGAGCUGCUCAGGACAUGUGGGUUGGAUGUUCGCACCAUACCUUGCAGAAAGGGCUGACUAAUCAAGAGACUGUGAUGAACCUGUCAUGGCAGCCACCUGAAGGAAUGAUGUAUAAACUCAAUUUUGAUGCUGCGGUCCUCACAGACACUUCAGCCUCAGGUGUUGGUGUGAUUAUUAGGAAUGACAGGGGUCAAGUUAUGGUAGCAUUGUCGUCGAAGGGUCUUGCAGUUACGAAUAGUAAGGAGGCAGAGGUUUUAGCAUGUCGACAAGCUAUGGAAUUUGUGCUAGAUGCUGGGUUUUCAGAUUUAAUUAUGGAAGGUGAUGAUUCAAAUGUUAUUCGGUCUAUUGUUUCAGCUCAGAUAGAUUGGUCUCACUUGGGGAACCUCUAUGAUGAUAUUCGUUGUUUGGCUGGAAGGUUGCGACAUGUGGAAUUUCGAGGUAUUAGACGUAUUACCAAUGAGGUAGCACAUUCUUUAGCUCGCUUUGCUAGACAUCUUAGUGAGGAUAUUGUUUGGUUGGAGGAUUCCCCUCCACCGGCUUUAGAAGCAUUGUAUUCGGAUUCUAUUUCUAUUGCUAAUUAA